AUGUCUCCUCCCGUUGCCAUGCACUUCCAGGAGCCGACCACCGACAACGGUGUUCCUGCUGCCAAGUUGGCCCACCUUCCUCACGCGACCAGCGUGCCAGUCAAGGCCUCUGCCCAGCCUCAGACUGUUGAGGAGAUGGCUGGCAAGUGGAGCUCCUUCAAGUUUGCUCCCAUCCGUGAGAGCCAGGUCUCCCGUGCCAUGACCCGCCGCUACUUUGCCGACCUCGACAACUACGCCGAGAGCGACAUUGUCAUUGUCGGUGCCGGAAGCUGUGGUUUGUCCGCUGCCUACUGCUUGGCCAAGGCCCGUCCAGACCUCAAGAUCGCCAUUGUCGAGGCCGGCGUUGCUCCCGGUGGUGGUGCUUGGCUCGGUGGCCAGCUCUUCAGCGCCAUGGUCAUGCGUAAGCCUGCCGAUGCCUUCCUCCGCGAGGUUGGCGUGCCAUACGAGGACGACGGCCCAUCAUCCAACUUCGUCGUUGUCAAGCACGCGGCCCUCUUCACCAGCACUGUUCUGUCCAAGGUCCUCCAGUUCUCCAACGUGAAGCUCUUCAACGCCACCGCUGUUGAGGACCUGAUCACUCGUCCUGACGGCCAGGGUGGUAUCCGCAUUGCUGGUGUUGUGACCAACUGGACCCUCGUGAGCAUGCACCACGACGACCAGUCCUGCAUGGACCCCAACACCAUCAACGCUCCCAUCAUCAUCUCCACCACUGGCCACGACGGUCCAUUCGGUGCCUUCUGCGCCAAACGUCUCGUCUCCAUGGGCUCCCUCCAGGCCCUCGGUGGCAUGCGUGGCCUUGACAUGAACCGUGCUGAAGACGCCAUUGUCAUCCGCACCCGUGAGGUCGCACCCGGUCUCAUCAUCGGCGGUAUGGAGCUCUCAGAGGUCGACGGUGCCAACCGCAUGGGUCCCACCUUCGGCGCCAUGGCACUCAGCGGUGUUAAGGCUGCUGAGGAGGCACUCAAGGUCAUCGACGAGCGCAAGGCUGCUUGUGCCAAGGACAUGGAGGCUGAGGGCUACUAG